UGCGACCACUCAGACGCUCCGCGGCCAUGGAGGCGUGGGUCAAGGGCAAGAGAUUCCUAGCGGCCUGCUUGCUGCAGGAUCAAGUGGCCAUCGUCACCGGCGGGGGCACGGGCAUCGGAAGGGCCAUCGUGGCCGACCUCCUGCAGCUGGGGUGUAAUGUGGUCAUCGCAUCUCGUAACUUUGAUAGAUUAAAAUCUGCUGCAACUCAACUGAAGGCCAUCCUGCCUCCCACCAGCAAUGCUCAGGUCACUCCCAUAAAAUGCAACAUCCGUAGAGAAGAGGAGGUGAAUAAUUUGGUCAAAUCCACCUUAGAUAUUUAUGGUAAGAUCAAUUUCUUGGUAAACAACGGAGGAGGCCAGUUCAUAGCUCCUGCUGAACACAUCAGUGCUAAGGGAUGGCACGCUGUGAUCGAAACCAACCUGACGGGCACCUUCUACAUGUGCAAAGCAGUUUACAAAUCCUGGAUGAAAGAGCAUGGAGGAUCUAUUGUCAAUAUCAUUUUCCUUACUAAAAAUGGAUAUCCAGGAUGUUCGCAUAGUGGAGCUGCCAGAGAAGGUGUUUACAACCUCUCCAAAACCUUAGCUUUGGAAUGGGCCACAAGUGGAGUAAGAAUCAACUGUGUUGCUCCUGGAGCCAUUUAUUCCCAGACUGCUUUUGACAACUAUGGCCCUUUGUCAAAGGAGAUGUUUGGAGGAUUCUUUCAGAAAAUCCCAGCUAAAAGACUUGGGGUUCCUGAGGAGGUCUCCGCCUUGGUGUGCUUCCUGCUGUCUCCCGCAGCUUCCUUCAUCACCGGACAGUUGGUGGAGGUGGAUGGGGGCCAGUCUCUGUACACUCACAUAGAGGAGAUACCAGAUCACGACAACUGGCCUGAAGGAGUAGGGGACCUGUCUGUUGUCAAAAAGAUUAAGGAGACUUUUAAGCAGAAAGCCAAGCUCUAAGCCAAGGAAACACGGAGGUGUCUUUCGUGCCCAAAUGCCUUAAGAUUUCAAAAAUGCACUUCUGUACUUUAUAGGAGCUUAUAGUUUGCAUGGAAAAAUCACUUUCCGCUUUUUUAGUGUUAUCAAAUUAUGUCUAUGCAAAAACGAUUCCUGAAAGAAAUGAAUUUUUAAGGCACAACCCGUGUCCUUUGGCCUGUGAUU